AUGUCUGGGACAGAGGCUGCCAAUGCCCCGGGCGGGGGAAACAAUGCUAGCGAAUUUGUUCGCAAGCUGUUUCGAAUGCUCGAAGACCCGACACAUCAGGAUGUAGCUCGGUGGGGAAAAGAUGGCGACUCAUUUGUCGUCGUUGAGGGCGAGAAAUUUACGAGAUCCAUCCUGCCGAAGCACUUCAAGCACAGCAACAUGUCCAGCUUCAUUCGGCAGCUUAACAAAUAUGACUUUCACAAGGUCAAGCCAUCUGCCGAUGGCGAAUCGGCCUCUCCAAAUGGUAACGUCCUGGAGUUUAAGCAUCCCUACUUCCGCGUCGACAGCAAAGAUGAUCUGGACAACAUCCGCCGGAAAGCGCCAGCCACACGGAAACCCCAGGUCGCGGAGGACUUCACCACCAGUCAGCACGUCAGCGUCGUAUCCGAGCAGUUGACCGCUACUCAGCAGCAAGUACAGCAGCUUCAAGAGCUGUUCGCCGACAUCUCCCAGACGAAUAGGCUCCUGGUCAACGAGGUCCUCACCCUGCAGAAGAUGCUCAAUGCCCAAAAGCAGGCGCAGUAUGAGAUGCUCAACUUCCUCUCUCCGUAUAACCAUAGCCGGAAUAAUGGAAUGAUGGCUCACCAGAUGAGCUCAAAUGGCGGCAUGUCUUCCUCGGAUGGCGACGAGAACGUGCCAGAACUUAGAAGAGCGCGAGAGCUGCUCUCUAGCGUCGCGCCAGACACCGUGGCUGAUCGUGAGCUCGAGCGUCUUCACGAUAUUUACGAAGCUCCUGCCGAUUCAGCAACCAUGGUAACUCCCGUAUCAAUGCCCAUGCUGCAUGACCCUAUGAAUGAUAUUAGUCGGUAUCCCGUCUACCCCGUAGGCCAGACUGUCGGCAUCGAUCCUUUCCACUCGGAUCACAUUAAUAAGAUCCCAUAUGCCAUUCCGAACGAGAACAGUUCCGGUUCCAUGGAUCAGCACCAGCAGCACCAGCAACAUACACCACAGCCUAACCAGAUGAACAAUGCACCUGGGGCGUCACUGGAGAAGCCUACAUCUUUGUGGGGAUCGAAGAAGCCAACGGUGUUCUUGGUAGAAGACGACGGCACGUGUGCGAAAAUCGGCAUUAAAUUUCUCAAGUCGAUGGGCUGCGAUGUCGAGCAUGCUAUCAAUGGCGUGGAAGCAUAUAACAGGAUCAACGCGGUUGGUCGUGACCAUUUCGACAUGAUCUUCAUGGACAUCAUCAUGCCUAGGUUAGACGGUGUAUCGGCCACCAUGUAUAUCCGCCAGCACUGUCCAGCCACGCCCAUCAUUGCGAUGACGUCAAAUAUUCGACCGGAUGAGGUGAAUGGCUAUUUUGAGCAUGGCAUGAACGGAGUGUUGGCUAAGCCCUUCACCAAGGAGGGAAUGCUCAAGUCUGUCAAGACGCACCUCCAGCAUCUUUUGAAGAACCCGCCCAGCCAGUCAGAUAAUGGGCACGGAUCUGCAUUCAUGAUGAAUGUCCCCUAUCUAAGCACGCCAGGCAAUCCCAUCAAGUUCGAAUCACCAACUCCGCCUGCAGGUGCUGGCGGCUCGAAUUGGUCGUCUGGCCAUAUGUCUCAAAAUGGGGUCGAUUCGGGCUUCGGGAUGAUGGAUGGGAGCAACCAGUACAAUAUUACGCAAGGUAGAAAUGCGUAUUCGACGAUGGAUGCACCCUCUGGCCGCUUGUCUGAUCAUGAUAGCCCGCCGGAGAAGCGCCAGCGCUUGAACAACUCGCAACGAACUUAUGCUUAA